AUGAGUAGUACUUUAAGCAGUAAGCAAGUUUUGGGAGCUGUCGUGGUCGUUCUCGCUGGCCAGAUUUUUUGGUUUUCAAAUCCAGCUACCCGAAUCCCUCGUGCUCCCGUCACAAACGGCACCGCCCUAAACAACAAUGGCACGACGCCCACAUUUUCAAUGAUUCCUCAGCAACCUGCUGCAUAUCCUAAUCCAGAUGAGACUGUUCAGAUUACCGGAACGUACUUGCAGGAUCCUAUUGUCGUGAACGCAUUGGCAUAUGUUACAUCAGUUGUCCCUGCAUCGGUGCUGGCAAUUCCUCCAUCGGGACUGGCUUCUGAUCAGUACACAGUCACUUACAAGGGCGAUGCCACUGCAAAUUGUUACUGGCCUAGUAACCUCUGUGUCAGAAACACUACCGGAAACUGGGGUCUCGCCGAUAUUUCCACUUGUACCGUCCCGAAUUCCUGGGGAGUCACUUACGACGAUGGACCAUUCGACAAUUUGGACUCGAAUGGAAACCAUGUUAAUGACACCACCACUCUUGUUGCGUCACUUAAAGCUAUUAAUGUCACUGCCACAAAUUUUGUCACUGGGUCGCAGGUCACUUAUUCUGCGAAUUCUACGUUACAGCUUUUGAUUCAAAAUGGUCACCAUAUUGGUGCUCAUACGUGGUCGCACCAUCCUCUAACUGCUCUAACCAAUGAGCAAAUCGUUGCCGAAAUGAUGUACACUCAAGCCCUUGUUUACAACAACACUGGACUCGUACUCAAGUAUUUCAGACCACCUUAUGGUGACAUCGAUGACAGAGUGCGAGCUAUUGUACAUGCUCUCGGUUUCAGAGUUGUUAUAUGGGACAAUGACAGUAUGGACGCUGACGUCGUUGCCAACGCUGCAGACUUUGGACCUGUCCUUGCAACAAUUCAAUCAUGGUUCAACAAAUCAACUCCAAGACUGACAUUGGAACACAAUAUUGAUACAUUUACAACCGGAAUCGCCAUGACAGCACUCAACCAAAUCCGUGUCCAAGGAAUCACAAACAAGAUGAUGUCUGUACCUGAAUGCCUUUCAGAUAAACAAUGGUACCAGAACAGUCUAGUCCCAACUGAUACACCUACAAACGCUACUCAAGCAUGUACUGGAGCUGGCUGUCCUGGAGAUGCCGCUGCUGCUACUGCAGCACCAGCUGCUAUAGUUCCAGCUGCUAGUGCUAGUGGAGCUAGUUCAUUGGCAUCGUCAUCGGUUUUGUUGCUGGGUGGAUUCUUGGUUUCAAUCAUUUUCUAA